AUGCCAAUGGUCAAAUCCUCUCCCCCGUCUAAUUCGGGUUUCCUAGCUCCAGCACGGCCUCGUUUUAACUCGCAACGCACCUCGGAUCGCCUGCGUGAGGCUCAGACUUUUGUAACACCACCUUUUAAAAUGGGAGGCGCUAUUAGAAAGGGUAGAAGAUCCAUUUUUAAAGAAGUCGGCCUGGAACACGAUUUGGAUUAUCCCACUUCUGCAUCAGCACCUUCACUGUUGGCGAGCGAGCAACCUGACACCCAGGAUAGCGGCCAGCACUCGACCAAUACGCCAACUUUUGAACAAGACAACAACAGUAGCCAGCAACGCCCGCGGCAAUCGUCUUUACCAUCACCUUGGACUUGGUACUCCAAGCUAUUAAAUCCUAAAGGCCGACCAAGAAUCAAGAGCACUUCGGGUACGGCCUCAAGUGUCUCAGGUCUACAGCGUUACACCAUGCUAGCAGUCCUCAUCGCCGUUAUUCUUCCAGCUUUCAGUUGGAGGAAUGGACAAUCAUUUUCCGACGUAAAUGGCGCCAGUGCAGGUGUCAUCAAGAAACGCGAGACCAGCCCUACCGAAGUUUGCGCUCGAUGGGGUCUUCAAGCUGCUCAGCUAAACGGGACACUCUACAUGUAUGGCGGUCGCUCUAGAUCAAAAGCCGACCAAACCGAAGACACAUGGAAUAACAAUUUUCUAACACUGGAUCUCACUAAAGAUUGGGGCAUUGAUUCACCUUCUCUCAAGGGCCUUGAUAAACCCAAUGGCCCCCCAGAGGUGUCUAUGGGUUAUCUCUGGCACGACUACAACAACCUCUAUCUUUACGGAGGCCAGUUCUCCGAUGCACCUUAUGUCGACCCCGAACCCGAGUCUGUUUGGCGAUAUUCCAUAAAGGAAGAAGAGUGGACUGAGUUCAAAAACCCCAAGACUUCUGCCGGUAAUGAGUCUGACCCCGGAGAUCGACCAGUCCAUCGUGCUGCUGAAGGAGCUGGCAUCUCUGUGCCAGAGCUCGGUUUGAGUUGGUACUUUGGCGGGCACCUCGAUUGGGCUACUACCCCAAACUGGUCUCGCGAUGUUGAGCGUGUGUAUCUCAAGAGCCUCCUUGAGUUCACCCAUCCUGGCUACGUAAACACCGGUGUCGACAGUCUCUCCAAAGGCACAGGUGCGGGUGACAGUGGAGCUUAUCGCAACAUCACCGAGGCAGGUAUCCAGAGCGGUAAUUUUACCGAAAGAGCGGAUGGUGUUCUUGUCUUUGUGCCUGGGUGGGGAGAGCAAGGCGUAUUGAUUGGUCUUGCUGGAGGUACUAACAUUACUUUCACCGAGGAUCUCAGCGUCUUGAACGUCUACGACAUUGCAAACUCAGAAUGGUUCCAUCAGAAGACAUCGGGAGAUACGCCAGGUGUUCGCGUCAAUCCCUGUGCCGUCAUCGCCAGUGCGCCUGAUGCAUCGAGUUUCCAAAUCUACAUGUUUGGUGGACAGGAUCUACCUUUUGGAAACCAAACUCAGUACAACGAUAUGUACAUCCUUACUAUUCCCUCCUUCACAUGGAUCAAAGUCGACCAGAACGACAAGAAUAGACCAGCCCCACGUGCUGGUCACUCUUGCGCCAUGUACGACGGUCAGAUUGUCGUCGUUGGUGGAGUAGGCGAGGAUAUCAAAUGUGAUCCAGGCAUGUACGUAUUUGACGCCACUUCACUCGAGUGGAAGGAUAAAUUCACGGCCGGUGAUCACAAUCCUGACCACUAUCCUGACAACUUUGUUCUCGCUGGAUCUCAUGGAUACGAGGUCCCUGACGCCGUACGCGAGGUUAUCGGUGGAGACAAGUACGGUAGCGCUACGGUGACUACCCCCGCUGCGGGGCCGGCCACCGGAGGUCCGUUCUUGACGGGUAAACCUCCGGUUUUCACAGUCACUUCCGUACCCACAGCGACGGCCAGCUCGUCUUCUGAUGACGACGACGAAGAGAGAGGGACUGUCAAUGGAGGGCUGGUAGCUGCAGGUGUCAUCGCGGGCAUAUUUGGCGCCCUGGCUUGCUACCUCGGCUUCUGUGCCUGGCUCUACCGCCGUCAAGUCAACGCCUACAAAACGCAUUUGGCGGUGCAAAACCGAUACUCGGUUGCCUCACAGUCGAUGCUCAACCCCUCGGGUCCCAAUCGUGGCUAUUCUCAGCGCAGCCUCUUCGGUUGGGUCGGAUCCAACCGCAAUCAACAAUACACCUCGGAACCCAAGUGGCGUCCUGAAGACGAAGACGAUACCACACCUGGAGAACCGGGCUCCAGCAGCGGGUCCGGAGGUCCAAAGCACAGCGAAGACACUCGGCCCGGGACAAGCAACAGCAGAGGUUCAACUGAAGGACUGCUUGAGGGCGAAGAACCGAGUUUCUUCAGUGUUGUCAUGGGUCCGCGCCGGGCGUUGCGGGUUGUCAAUAACGCAGAAUAG